AAACAACUUCCCUUCUCCAGUUCUCUCUCAGACACCCCCACAUAUGCGCACUGCGCACCCUUCCUGCUAUCUCCUUUCAGCUGCAGCAGCGACCCGCAUUUGUCACUGUGCUCUCUUCCAUCUCUCUUCCAAUCGUCCUUUUUCUCUCUCGCUGCACCAAACCCUAACCUCAAGCGAAAUCCUAAUUCCACAUCGGAGCCGCUCUCUUUUGCUCAAUCCUUCCAUGGCGGACUCAGAGGAUCUUUCUACAAUCUCCGCGGAAGAGGACACCAACUACGGGUUCAAGAGAAAUGAGAUGUAUUCGAGCAAUCUUGCUGGGACGGUGGAUCCUUAUGAUCGUCACGUGUUUCUAUGCUUCAAAAGCCCCGACGCGUGGGCCUCACGCGUGGAAGAGGAUUUCCUUCCUAAACUGCUAUCAUCUGCAGUUAAAGCUCGCAAAGGCGACAUCACUGUCAAGACGAAAUUAACGGUGUGCGAGGGAGGUGAGUCGGAUGGAGACGUGCUGAUUUUCCCGGAAAUGAUCAGAUACAAAGGUUUGAAGGAUUCGGAUGUGGAUAGUUUUGUCGAGGAAGUGCUCGUGAAUGGAAAGCCAUGGGCGUCUGGAUUGCAGGAGGUUUUGACUGGUUCCUACAUUUUUGUGUGUGCUCACGGCAGUCGGGAUAAGAGAUGCGGCGUUUGUGGACCAGCUCUUAUUGAAAAACUCAAACAGGAGAUUGAGUUGCGUGGACUGGCAGGUCAGGUAUUUGUUAACCCGUGCUCUCAUGUUGGUGGACACAAGUAUGCUGGGAACGUGAUAAUCUUUAGUCCUGAUUCAGAGGGGAAAAUUAUGGGUCACUGGUAUGGUUAUGUAUCUCCUGAUGAUGUGCCUAAAUUGCUGGAUCAGCAUAUUGCAAAAGGGGAAAUAAUAAAGCGGCUUUGGAGGGGCCAACUGGGGGCAUCUACCAAGGAAGAUGAAACAGUGGAGGAACAGAAGCUUCCAAAUGGAGAUGAUGUAAAGAAGCAGGAGAAGCUAGAAGAAAUCAACAUCCAGGAGAACAAGGAUGACUCAGGAGGCUGUUGUCAGGGAGCUAAUGGGUUUUCAUGUUGCAGGGCUGAAAGCCCAGAAGCUAGUGAGCAGAAGAAGAAGGGGCUCUGCAGAUUGUCAAGUUGGAUUGGCUUAUUGGAGCAAAGUGAUAUUCUUGCAGCUGCUGCUGUUGUUGGAGCCGUGGCAACUGUUGCCGUGGCUUAUAGCUUAUAUAGAAGGUCAGGCUGAAACAUGCCUCGUUAUCCCUAAUUGCUGCACUUCCGGGGUGUGUGUAUACCUCCUCUUUUUUUUGGUAGACAGAUGUAAUAAUAUCGUCAAAUAAUUCUCCAGACUACUCACCAUGUUAGGGGAAGGAGAACGACUGUGUAUGUCUUAAUAUGUUAGAAAAAAAAAAAUUAACUAAAUAUUUUGAGCAUGCUUUAGAAUGCAAGCUUGAGCUCUAGUGUUCCUCUUGUUUCUUCACUGUUGUUUCUAUGAAUACUGGGUGACUGUCUCAUUCUCAAUCCUAGAGAAUGUUGCAAGAAAACUUAUCCGGGAA